AUCCGGCGGAACUGCCAACGUGGUAGCACGGUCGGAUGGUGUCUUGAAGAAAUGUUCUAUUCACACCCGGCUUUCUAAAAUCUUUUUGAUCGACCGUACAGUUAAACAUGAAAUUUCUAUUUUUGUUCGUUUUUUCCAUUGCGGUACUUUUAUCGCUAUGUUGGACUGCAAAUCAAGACCAAAUCGUUGAUAGUUUGGUGAUCUCAAAGGUCGACAGAGACAUCGAUUUGACAAGUCAGUUGGUCAAGAUUAGCCACACAAUUUCGUUGGAAAAUAAUGGCAAGACGGGCGUCAGGUCUUUCCUGUUUGCAGUGGAACCUUCCUCUGGCAACCACCUGUCGUUUAUCGGAGCAAUGAGCAAAGGAGACGAGGAAGGAGAUGUUGAACCCUUGGAUGUAUCAAGAACAACAGUUUCAGAGGAGAAGGAUAAAAUUUUCUUUCGCAUAAAGCUGAAGGACUCUCUUGGAGCUGGGAAGUCAACCAGCGUAGAUGUUGAAACAGUGUUCACACACUUCCUGCAUCCCUAUCCCAGCUCAAUCACACAGUCCGAGCAUCAACUGGUGUUGUUCACGGGCAACGCAUACUUCUACUCGCCCUACAAGACGGUCACUCAGAAGACGCUUGUCAAGCUGGCGUCCAGCACGAUCGAGAGCUACAGCAAGGUGAAGCCGGUCUCUCUCAGUGAAUCUGAGAUCACUUACGGGCCCUACGAAAACACGGAGCCGUUCAGAGAGGAGGAGCUGAAGGUUCACUACGAGAACGGGACGCCCUUCCUCUCGGUGACGUCGCUGAACCGACUCAUCGAGGUGUCGCACUGGGGCAACAUCGCCGUCGAGGAGAACGUGGAGAUUCGCCACACCGGCGCCAUCUUGAAAGGCCCGUUCUCGCGCUACGAGUACCAGAAGGACAAGAGCGGCUUCAACUCCGUGUGGUCGUUCAAGACGCUGCUGCCGGCCUCGGCGGCGGACGUCUACUACCGCGACGAGAUAGGCAACAUCUCGACGAGUCACCUGCGCGAGCUCGUCGACUCCGUAGAGGUGGACCUGCGGCCGCGCUUCCCGCUGUUCGGCGGCUGGAAGACCAAAUACAUGAUCGGCUACAACCUGCCGAGCUACGAGUACCUGUUCAACGAAGGAUGCGGCGAGCGAGAGUCGAAUGCGUGUGUCCAGCAUGCUGGAGCAGCUACAGAGCGUACACGACCAACGCGUGGCUGUCUACCAGGCCUACGACGACACGAUCAACAAGUUCAAGUCCAGCAAGGACACGGCUGCGUUUGCCGCUAACAGGAAGAAGAAUGAUGCGGAGUACAAGCAGUUCACCCAGACCAUUGCUGAUCUGCACAUCAAGCUGAAGGCGGAGGCAUCUGACGCAGCAGACAAGGUUGCUGAGCUUCAGAAGCUGGAUCGCAGCGUGAAGGAGCAGCUGCAGGCAGCGAUCAGCUACGCCGAGCGCGUCGUCGCAAACAAAAUGCUGAAGCAGGCGUACAUAGAGGCGGAGAGCGCCACCAACGCCAAGAAGGAGGACCUCAUCGCCAAGAUGGAGGCAAUCCUCGAGAGCCUGUAGGCAGACGGGUGCGGCCGCAGAUCUCGUCGCAUCAGAAACGCUUUUGUGGAAGCACGUCGGUGACGAUUGUGGUUCCACGAGUUUCGGUCCACGGGAAGGCUUUUUUCGUGGCUUCACCACACGGUGGUUGUACAUCACAGUUAGUGUCUGUUACAAAGAACGAUUUGCCGGUGUUUUAAUAGAUGUGAAAAAAAUGCAGUCGUAUUUGCUUGAUAUGAUCUGUCUUGGGCUUCGUAAACAAGGUAAUAAAUUCAAUUAUUUGACUGACAUUUAA